CUCUUCAGAAACAUUGUAUAUUUUAUCUAGACCCGUUCAGUAGAAGAAGAUGACUUGCGCCAAAGAUCCAUUAGUCUCUCUAGUCCUCUCACAACCAAAGAAGAGGAGUCCAGUCCCAGGCUCCAUUCACCGAGUGAUAAUAAAUGGUUGAGCUUGUCUAUGGAGGAGAUGGAUCGUGGAAAGGAGGAGGGAGUAGAUAGCCAAAGAAGCAGUUCUACAUUUGAUCUUCCCCAACAGAAGACAUCCGAACAGGAAAAUGGCGACCUGCCAAAGCCAAUCCAAAGAAAGUUAGGCCCAAGGAUGGGUAACUUAAUGGGCCAACACGCUGCCAUUACUAAAGAACUGGAAAUGAAACUAAAGUGUGGAAUGGCACCAGGUGUCAGAAGAAUUCCUUCUGAGGACGAAGAAGACCAAAGUAAAGAAGAAAUGGAGACAGGCAAAAAGAUCGAAUACCUGUCUGCAAAAGUCGAUUUAGCGAAAGACACGCUCAAUGUCUUGGAAGAGAGAGUCAGUUUGUUAACCACCCGUGUCGAAGCAACAAGUGAAAAAAGCGAUAAAACUACAUCACAAGUCGGAGAUUUAUUAUUACAAGUUACAGUUACGUUAAAGGAAGCUGAAAGAAUAAAUGCAGAAUGUAAACGUGCACUUGAAGAAGCAAACAAAGCAAGAACAGAAUACCAACUACUGGUGAAAGAAUGCAAAGAAACACUGGUAAAACUAAAUGGAGAACAAGAGUCAGAGAAUGGAACUUAAGCCUUUACAUUUAUUUGAUCUUUUAUAUAAACUAAAUAUGCUGAGGAACACUAUAUAUUACCAAGGAAGAAAAUUAAAAAGAAAAAAAAUUAAAGUACAGUAUUAUGUGAAACAGAAUCAAACAUUUUAACAUUUCUAAAUAAUUCUUUGAGAUUUGUUUUAAGACUGGAAACAAUUCUUAGACACAAAAUCGCAACACAGUGGAAGUUUGAAAAAACGAUGAAAGCAUAUCAAUUUUAAUGUUAAAACACACAGUUGUAAUGCAAAUCAUGGCUUAAAAACCAAAACUGAAACUUUUGAAAUCAAAAUACACUUCAAAUAAGCGAUAAUAGUUUAUAAUAGUGCCCAUUUUCAUCAAAGUAAAAAUAAUCUUGUUAACUAAACAAAAAUAUACACUAAAAUUGUACUCUUAUUAAUAGUUUUCAGGCUUUUACCUAUAAUAAUGAAAUUCUGCAAAAAAAGAAUUGAAGUGUUGUAGAAUUAUUUUCUUAUAUAUAUAUUUAUAAUGGAGAAAAUUUCAUAUCAAUUAAAAUAGUCAUUUAAUAUUCCUUAAUUUCUUAUAAUCAGUUAAUCAGUUAUAUCGUAAUUUUUAUUUUCUGUGCAUACAGAAAGUAUCAAACAUUAAAAAUAUUCCCUAUCUUAAUAGAAACCGUUUUGAUAAUCUCUGGACAUAUUUUUUUUAUAUAAUUUGUAUUUGUGUACCAACAUGAACACUAUGAUAAACCAAACAGUACAUUAAAAUAGCAUCUAAAUUCACUGCUGAAGUUUUAAUAGAAUAAUUCAUUUUUUAACUUUUAUAAUUAACAGAAUAAUGUUCUCGCUGAUAAGGAAGCAUAUUCUGGACAAACGUUUUUCGUUUAACAUUAAAUGAUACAUGGUUCUCCAGAAACACAUCAAUUUCUAAAGUUCUGGGCAUUCCUUAAGAAUAUUGAACCAAAUAUCAAAUUUUAGACAAAAACUUGACUUGCAUUAUUUAUUAAAUUUAUUUUCAUCUUUAUUAAUAGCCAAAGCAAUAAGUUCAGAUUACAUUAAAUCUGAGUACAUUAAGCUAAAACAACAACUAAAUGCAAAUAUGAUUCCCCCCCUCCUUUUUGAAUAAACAAGCCAUAGCAAAAAUUCAAUCAUGUGAAUAAAGAUCCCUUAAAAACGGUAAUUUUUUUACACUUUCAUAGGAAAUCAAUAUUAAAUCAAUUUAACAAGUAUUUUAAUUUGGUUUAAAAUUGAAAGGAAAACUAAAUUCCUGCACUAUUCUUACUAAAAUUAUACCACACUUCUGUAAUUAAAAAGAAAUAUUGUAUAGACGUAGAAAUGUAUAUCCUCAAUAGUAUAUUUUGACAUUUGAUUUUCUAGUCAGUGCCUUAAAUAUUGCUACAGAUUUGCAAAUUGACAUCUUUAUAUAUUUCUAGUAUGGAGAAUUUGUUUACUAUAUGUUUAUGUUAUAAAAGGCUGCAGAUACAUACAAUAAAACUAAAUAUAUGUGUAUACACACAUACUUAAAAAUAAUUUUGAAAUGCAUAAUCUAAUUUAAAUAUAUUUUUUUACUCAUGUAAAUUUUGCUACAUUAAUUUAUGAAAUUUGCAGGUUUUAAAUGAGAUAUUUUCCUUUUAUAAUAAAAUAUUAUCUGUAGCCUUAAUUUUGUAUUUUGAUGCUCUGUUAUAAAAUGUUCACUAUAAUUGUAAAUAAAAUUUUUGUAAUCAUUA